CAAAGGCAGCACAAAUUUCGAUCGAACGAGGAAACCGCCCGUUUUCUUUUAGAUCAUAUUUCCAGCUGUGGGAAGAAAGUAGAACAGAAAGCUACAACAAGCACUCCAUUCAAAACAAGACCAUCUGUUUUUGAACCUCCAGUAUCUGGAAUAUCUUCCAUUUCCAGUGAAGCAGAGAGUGUAACAACCAUAACUGCCACAGAAAGCAAAAGCUCCUCAGAUUAUGAUACCACAAUGACAGCACCUGGAACUGACCUCAGUCAUGCCGGUGGUACAGAGGUGAUAGGAACUUGUACCACGGUUCCUUCAGUGCGGAAAAAGGGCCAUGGAAUAACAUCCAACCCAAAGUUUGCCUCAUUCACAGACCCUUUUAACCUGUCCAUCAAUGUCACAAAUAUUGAGGAUGAGGAUGAAGAUGAAAACGACUCGGACUAUGAACCUAGUUUUAGCUUUGAAGCUGUCUUACCAGAUGAUGUUAACCAAAAGUAUGAGGAAGCAGCAUUUGAAGAAGAGGCAUUUGGAAAAGACGGUUGUGAUGAUGAUGCUGAUGCAGAAGAAGAGUCUGCAGAUGAUGACCCUUGUCCUGGCAUUCAAAGGCUAAAGACUGAGGCACACAGUGUGCACUUGAUAGGUUCCGCUGUCUGUUUUGCAUAUGUCUCGGCAAUCUUGUCUCUAGCCCGUAUUAAAGUGAUGUCCUGUUCAGUGACAGGGAACACAUUUGUCAAGGCUAGGUAACCCUACAAUUAAUGGUCGCUACUUUUUUAUCUAACACUGGGAAAAGUGGAAGACGCUGGGAGUAGACGGCUGUUUUAAAGUUGGUGGCAACCUUAAUUAAUUGUUGAUGUAAGGAGUCCCUAUUAGUUAGAUUGAUUUGAUGAAAUGGUGUCAAAUGAUGAUGUACCUUCAGUGCAUUUUUGUGUUUGAGUUAAGGGGUUUCAAGACCAGAGGAUACAUUAUUUUGUGAAUAAGGUUCAUUGCGAAAGGCAUAUGGUAUAGGAAGAUGCCAGGGCCAGUCAUAU